CCCUCCCUCUCUAUUAUUUUUCCAUCUUACUACCGUUUUCUCUCCUCCACCCCCUCCGUUCCUCUACUCCCUUUGGCCUUUCGUUCAUGGCAACGUCAAAUCGGCGCACUGGAAAGCGGGCCAGCAACCGGAGCGUUGUCGUGCGGUCGCUGUGAUGGCACGACGAUGCUAAGAAAUUUGGAUAACGUAGCAGUGAGAGUGCUCCUCUGUUUCCUUGACGUUUUCCAGCCUCGAUCCGGCGACAUGUGGACGUUGGAUCGACGCCCCGGCAUCCGAUCAGUGCUUCGGUGAUGGACAGAUCUGGAACUGUGGAGCGAAGCGAAACCCUACGGUUUCCUAGCGCACAUCGGUUUCCCAACACUCUGUUUCCUUGAGGUUUUUCAGGCUCGAUCCGGCGAUAUGUGGGCCUUGGAUUGACGCUCCGGGAUCCGAUGCGCGUCGGUGGUGGACAGAUCUGGAACUGUUGAGCGAAUUGAAACCCUACCGUUUCGUAGUGCACAUCGGUUUCCGAACCCACUGCGCCUACCUCAGAUCCGUCAUUGGAGUCGGGAAUAAUCACUGAUUUCGCUCUUGGAAUCUUGUACUCUUCGAUCUCGCGCUUCUCGCACCUUCCUCGGCACACAAUUUUCCAACUUUGAUGGAGGGUCAUGUAUUCAAUCAUAUUUCAAGCAUUCUUACCACGGCUAGGGGUUAUUCAAGAAUAUCAACAAGGUACUAAUCGGGUUUAGGCUUUGUCAUUUCAUGCAAGAUCCAUGCAGUGCUAUUCUUUGUGAAUAAGUUAGGCUUCCAGACUCACUAAUUUUCUCACUGGUUGACAGGUAUGUGUAUUUCAUUUUUUUGUUGAAAAUUCUGUCUAAAGAAUUCUUCUUUGUGUUAUAAUAGUUCAAGGCUUCACUUUCACUAUCCAUGUCUGGAUGUUAUUUUCUUGUUUAAGAGUAAUAUAGCGUCUAGAUGGCUAUUUUCUUGGUGUAGAGUAAAAUAUUGUUAAUCUA